AUGGGCCUAGGCGUCGGCGCGCUGUUGUGGCUCGUCGCCGCCGGCGCGCUCCGGCGCGCCGCCGCGGGGGCCCUCUCCUGCGAAGCGCCGACCUGGCUCACGGUCUUCGAGCUCAACGCCACGGCGGGCUGCCCCGGCGACUGGCGCCGGCUGGCCGUGCCGUCCCAGGAGGGCGGCGGCGGCCUCGCCCACGUCUGCGGCCGGGGCCUCGUCGAGGACACGAUGAUGGCGUCGGCGGUGCUCGCCGAGGGCUACGUCUACGACGCGGUCCGGGGCAAGGUCGUCGGCUACGGCAUGGGCAGCCCCGACUCGUUCCGGCCCGAGUCCGGCCGCGGCGAGGCGACCAUCGACGACGCCUACGUCGACGGCGUCGCCCUCGCGCGCUGGACGCCCGGGGGCCGCGUCCACGUCGCGACGUACGCCGCGGGGCUCUCGUACUUCCAGCGCGACUUCUGGUACGAGAUCGGCGGCAACUGCGUCUGCCACGCGGGCAUCAACCUCGCGCCGGACUGGCUCGGCGAGGACUACUACUGCGACAGCCCCAUGCGCGGGCCGCCGGCGACCUGCGCCUUCGGCUCGCCCUGGGAGCCCGACGGCUGCCGGUCCUUCGACGAGUGCGAGCGCGCGAAUUGCACGGGCGGCUGGGCCAACGGCGUCUGGUACGACGACGGCCGCGCGUCGGCGUUCUGGGGCGACGAGGGCUACCUCUGCCGCGGGUCGCGCUACGCCGAGCAAUCCGACUUCGGGGGGCGGCCCUUCGGGACCUUUCUGAGAAAUCUCUCUGACUUCGCGGACGACCCCAUCGAGGCGCGCGUCAUGGCCGGCCAGCCGAGCGGCGUCGCGGUCUUCGACGCGGCCACGAACGCGACGGUCGUCGCCAACGGCAACGAGGAGGCCGCGGUGCGCUACCUGACGCUCGAGGUCCACGGCUGCCGCGCGGCCGACCCCGCGGUCUGCGGCGACGGCGUCGUCACGGCGCCCGAGGAGUGCGACGACGGCGGCAACGCGACGGGCGCCUGCAGCCUCGCGUGCACGCUCUGGAUCCCCGAGCCCUGCCGGACGAGCGGCACCUGCGAGGCCGAGCCGGAGGCCGAGCCCCUCGGCGAGGACUUCCCUGGAAAAGAAGAGAUCGGGAGCCGCGUGCUGCCGGCCUGGGUGCCCGUCGCGAACGUGACCUUCGACGCCCACUUCCGGUCUUUAGACGCGGCCCCGGACGCCGCCGCCGCCGCCGCGAGCGGCGCCUGCAGCCACAUCGCGCCCGACGACGUCCUCGACGCGUGCCCCGGCACGCUGUCGAAGUACCUGGCGAACGGCCGCUACGUCUGCGCGCCCGACCCACGCGCGUCGCCCGCGGCGGACGCCGAGCCGUCGUCGGCCUUCGUCGCGGGGCCGAGGAACACGUUCGUCGCGGGCUUCCGGGGGCGCAUCGGCGCCGUCGCGCUCGGGUCCAUGGACGCGUUCCUCAGCGCUUCCUGGCACCCUUCCGAUUUCAGCGCCUUCGAGUGCGCCGAGGCGAGCUACUGCCCCCAGGCGCCCUUCGACUUCGCGGGCGCGCUCUACCCGAACGACGCGCUCGACGGCGCGCCCGGCGCGGGCAUCGACGGCCGCUACGUCGACGGCGUGAGUUUGACGGUCGGCUGCGAGCCGCGGACGCAUGUCUUCACCCUCGCCGCGGGCACGGCCGACGGCGUCGCCGCGUCGGCCGACGACGGCGGCGCCGUCGUCUUCAACGCGUCGGACCCGGACCUCGCGGCGGCGGUCUACGAGACGUGCUUCCAGCGCCUGCCGUCGUCCGCGGCGUGCUACGCGGGCAACUGCGCCUGCCACUCCGGCGCCGCCAUCCGCGCGGCGGCGCUCACGGGGCCCGGCGGCAACUCGUCGUCGCCCUUCUUCUCCGUGCCCGACUUCGUCGGCGACGACUUCCUAUGCGACGGCGGCAGCGGCGCGGCCGACGGCUUCUUCUACGCGAACGCGUGGCACGAGAAACGCCUCUUCGAGGACGGCGCGACGAUCUGCGGCGCCGACGGCGCGCUAGCGAACGCGUCGACCUGGGGCGGCCGCCGGCCGGGGUCCUUCGUCAAGGCGCUCGACAAGCUGACCAUGGAACCUCUCGAGAUCCGCGUCAUGGCGGGCGUCGACACGUACUUCGAGAACCUCGCCAUCGCGUCCGUCGAGCUCGAGGUCUGCGCCUGCGCCGACGGCAUGGGCGCGCGCGAAUGCUUCGCCAAGUGCGAGGGCACCUGGGUCGAGGACGACUGCCCGCCCGGCCGCUACGACGACGGGUCGACGGAGUGCGCCGAGUGCCCUCCGGGGACCGCGUCGUCCGGCGCGGGGAGGCCCAAGGCCUGCGAGGCCUGCGCGCCGGGGAGCUUCGCGGCGGCGCCGGGCGCCGCGGCCUGCGACCUCUGCCCCGCGGGGACCUUCGCGGCGGGCGGCGCGGCGGCGUGCGCGGUCUGCGGCGCGGGGUCCUUCGCGACGGUGCCCGGCAAUCGCGUCGGCGAGGGUGUCGUCCAGGGAGCGGAGCGCUGCGAGAUAUGCCCUCCGGGGACCGAAUCGCUGGACAACGGAACCACGCUCUGCUUUCCCUGCACGCGCGAGGAGGAGACGUCCGUCGUCGGCGUCUGCGACGUCUGCAAGGAGGGCUACUACCGCGACGCGGCCUACGGGAGUUGCUUCCCCUGCCCGGACGGGGCGGCAUGCCCCGCGGGCUCGACGAUCGAGACCAUGGCCGUCGAGGCGGGUUAUUACCGCUUCUACGCGCGGUCGCCGCGCGUCUACGCCUGCUCGCACGACGACGCCGACGACGCGUGCGCGGGCACGCGGCGGCGCAACGGCACGGCGCCGGACCCCGGCGACACCUGGGGCGCCGCGCUCUGCCGCCGCGGGGCGAAGGGCCCACUGUGCAAGCUCUGCCGGCGCAACCGCUUCAGAGCGACGCCGGGGUCCCGCUCGGCAGAGCUUGCAGAGGGGAAGAUCGGGAGGUCUCGCGAGCGGUGCGUGCCCUGCGACCAGUCGCGGCUCAUGGCGCUGGAGAUCUCGCGCGUCGUCCUCGUCGUCUUCGGCUGGGUCGGCGUGGCCCUCGCCGUGACCUUCGCGCUCAAGGGCUACGCGCGCAAGUGGGCGUCCGCGGUGCUGCUGCAGGCGGUCUACUUUGCGAUCACGACGUCGCGGUUCAUCGUCGCGCACAAGGUCGUGAUGCCGGUGCCGCUUCCCGAAUACGUUCAGGUGCUCGAGUGGCUCACCUUUGACGCGGAGGCGCUGCGGUCCGUCGUCUGGUGCCACGUCCACAAGGUCAAGUACUUCGACUACCUCAUCUUCUACACGCUCGUCUUCCCCGUGGUCCUCGCGGCGGGCCUCCUCGGCGCCGUCGCGCGCGGCGCGGCCCGCGCGCUCCGCGCGCGGCGCCGGGCUGGUGCAAAGGCCGGCGGCGAGAAGCGCCGGAGCUUCCUCGCGCGGACACGGCUCGGCCGCGAGGUCCGCGCCGUGCUCAACUGCUGGCUCGUCGUCGUCACGGUGUUCCACAGCGCCAUCUGUCGCGGCCGGCGCUCGUCCAUCUUCGUGCUCUUCCAGUGCGAGGACCCUACCGGCAGCGAGCAGAAGAAGCAUUCGCACUGGGACAAAACCUACAUAGACCGGAUGGACCACUACGACCGAGGCGCGGGGAAGAAGAACGCGCGGUACCUCGCGGCCGACUGGCAGAUCCGCUGCAACUCCCAGGUCUACCAGGCCUACCGCAUCUACGCCGUGCUCUGGGCCUUCGUCUACGCCGUAGGCCUCCCCGCGGUCUUCUUCGUGCUCCUCCGCCGCAAGCGCGUGGGCCGGGGCGCGCAAAAGCGCAUCGGCGGCGUCGUCGACGACGGCCCGCUUGGGUUUUUGACGAACACAUGCAAGCCCGAGUUCUGGUGGAUGGAGAUCGCGGCCAUGUGCGGGCGCUUCAUGCUCAGCGGCUUCUUCCUCAUCUUCUGCCGGCUCCACCAGUCGCUGCUCCUGUCGACGAUGGUGGCCAUCGUCGUGCGGACGCUCGUCAUCAAGUUCCGGCCCUACGCGUCGUCGGGCAUCCAGCUCAUCAUCGAGGCGCUCCACCGCGCGACGCUGAGCAUCGUCAUCCUCGCCGUCGCCAUCGAGGGCGAGCUGCUCAAGCGCUCCAAGGACGGCGUCGCGUUUGGGAGCCUGGUAUUUCUCAUCAACGCGUCCGUCUUCGUCACGGCCUACGCGGCGUUCCGCGGCGAGCGCGUCCGCGCGAUCAUCGCCGCGAUCGCGCGGGGCCAGCCCGUCGACGCGGCCGAGUUCGCCCGCUUCCGCGUCGGCCACAACCACAAGCUCCUCGACGACGCCGUCGUCGCCAAGGCCAAGGAGGCGCUCGAGCUCGCGUUCCGCGGCGUCGUCACUUCGCCGGCGGACGCGCGCUGGGCCUACGCGACGACCGCGCUCUUCCCCCUCGACGCCGUCUGGAACGACCGCGUGCCCGCGGCGUCGCUGGAGCACCACGUGCCGGGCGUCUACGCGCGCGCGGACGCCUUCGAGCGCAAGGUCUGCGCGGGCCCGCCGACGUUCGGCGACUUCGAGGCGGCGCUCGACGCCGCGCUGGGCCCGCUCGCGCGGCACCUGCCGCCCGACGCGCCCGCCGAGGCCUUCGCGCGCGUCGCGCUGCGGACGCGGCCCGAGUCGCAAGAAACACUCGGGCCCGGCGGCACUUUGGCCGCGGCCUUUGCGGCGCUGCUCGCGCCGCUCUUCGCCGGCGCGGACAUCUCGCCCGCGAAGAUGGCCGAGGGCGCGUCCCUGCGGCGGCGGCCGUCGGGCACGCUCCGCCGCCAAAUGUCCGAGCGCGCCGUCGACGGCGACGACGACGACGACGCGCCCGCGGUGCCGCGGUUCCUCGACGUCGCGCUGCUCGCGCACGACCUGAACAUGCGCGCGCAGGCCCGCGUCGAGGGCAACGCGCGCGCGUGCCUGGACGAGUGCCCGGCGCUCGCGGAUCUGGCGUCCCUCGACUUCGACGGCGCGCUCCAGCCCGCGCUCACGCACGGCGCGCUCGCCGCCUACGCGGCGGCGCUGGGCCGCGGGCCGCUCCGGGACCGCCUCGACGUCGCCGUCUGCACGGAGGUGCUCCGCGAGCUCGCCUGCGCGGCGUUCCCCGCGUUCCGCGCCGCGCUCGCGGCCCUCUUCGCGGGAGAGGCCUACGCGCUCCGCUGCGACCGCGCGACCGCCGUGAAAGACGCGGCGCGCAUGCGCGUCAAGGUCGCGGGCUACCAGGCCGACGGCGGCGGCCGGUGGCCGCGCGCCGCGAAGCUCGGCGACGCGCUCCGCGCGACCGUCGUCUGCGACACGCCCGGCGCGCUCCUCGCGGCCUACGGCGCGCUCGUCGACGACGCGACCUUCUCCGUGCGCCGCCUCAAGAACAAGCUGGGAGGCCUUGUGAAGCCUUUCUGCCUCCACGUCAACGCGGUCUUCGAGUCGCCGGGCCUCGCGCCCGUCGCCGUCGAGCUCCAGCUCGUGCCCAAGUCCAUCCACGACGACCAGGCCUCGCACCUGCUCUACGACCUCGCGCGCUGCGCGACGCUCGCGGAGUUCCUCGGCGGCGGCGGCGACGGCGAUGAAGGCGACGACGGCGAUGAAGACGACGACGGCGCGGCGAAGAUCGAGGGACGCCGCGUCGACGUCGAGCUCGUGGACGACGAAAUCGCCGGGGGCGCCGCCGAAGACGACGCCGACGAAGAGGUCGUCUCGCUCUUCGGCUGCGGCGGAAGCAGCGGCGUGUGA